AGUUUUGAGUUCUAGAUUCUUCUAUAAAACUGCUCCUCGUUCAUGGUGCCCAGAAACAUUACAUGGUGUCAGAAAGAGAGAAUGAGGAGUAAAUUGCAUUGACCAGCAGAGGUUUUCUGGCCAAAGGGCUACAAGCAAAAGAUAAGAAACUGUGAGAGCCACGCCCAGAGAAAGCAUUAGGUAAGUGUUGCUAAAUAUUUGCUUAAAUGGAAAAUUUUCAACCUUUAUUCCUCAAGGGGAUAUUAUUGCAGAAAACAGGAGGACGUUAAGACAAAGGUUUGAACUGUACAGACUUGGCUUGCGGUCGUUCAGAAGCAGUGAUCUUGUGAACAUCCUGGGUCUAAGCACAGGUGGUCUAGAAUGAACACAUUAUCAGGCUGUGAGAAUGGUAAAUAAUUGCAUUUCUUCUGUGAUUAUUGGUUGUCUGUAAGCUCAUGAUGUGGAAACUCUGGAGGUGCUGUCUGGCUUCUGCUUGGUUAUAGAGCAUGGGCAAAAUGGCCUCUCCUCUUGACUGAAUGCUACAGGUGAGCAGGUUGCCAUGUAGUUCUGUGUCUGGUGAGUUUACUUACGAGAACAUGCCACGGGCAAAUGACUAUCGUGUAGAAAGCUCCAGAGUACUACAGCUGGGUGUAGACUUCUGCUAUGUCUUUAUAGCAGCUUCAGUAAAGUUUGGUUUUCGUUUGGUAGAGAUAAAUUAGAAAAGUACAGGGAGAGCUAAUUGCCUUUCACAAGGAAAGUGGGAAUUCAAAUAUUGUGAGAGAGUAUCUUGUUUGUCCUCCUUUCUCCCUUCCCCUUUCUCUGGCUUUCUCAGUAAGAGAGGCAGAGAAAGGCUUCGCUUGUCCUGCAAGCUAGAAAUCUAUAAUGAAAACCAGCUGAAUGUCACAGGAAGUGUGAAAAGCACAAAAUAAUGGCACUUGUUAUCCCUGCAGAACAACACAGGCAGGAGAGAGGAAAUGAAAUAUUGUUUAAAGGAAAGCUAUUACAGCCCUCUCAGAUGAUACCAUCUCAUCCCAAUUUGCAAAGCAGUUCCACCAUUUAGAGCCAUGCCAGUUGCUAAUUUGAUUGGGAUGUAGCAGUGUAAAAUUAUAAACACAAUGCGCUAUAAGUACAGACAUAGGACUAAACUGGAUUGAGUUGGGGUGUCUGGAGCCAAAGCUCAAUACAAUACAUAGAUAACCCAGAUAACCUAAGGAAAGCGAACACUUGCUGAUUAAAUUAUUCCCGUUGGAGGAUGUUAUGAGGAUUUCACCAGUUGUUGGAGCUAAAAAUACUUCCAUUAUUCAAAUACUGAAAUGAACAAAGUCAUUAAGUUCCUUUUUCUCUUAAAGUUUCCUGUUAAAAAAUGUUAAUUGGAAGCCUUAAAUUACUUAAAUGCUUGAGUGAACCAUACAUGUUAUUCUCUGAAGGAUGGCAAAAAUCUGUAUUGUCUGAUGCUUCUAUAUGUCCCUUUAUUUGAUUCAGUUUCUGCCACUUGUCACUAAACUGGGGUUAUAAUGACAAAUCAUCUAGUAACAAGUCCCUUUGUCCUAUUUCCAAGUAGUAGGAAUCAAUGGAUAGUUCAAGGGGCAACUCUGGAAAUGUGUUAUGAGCUGCUGAAGAGCUGCAGUUGCUCAUCUUAAAUCCAUAUGAUCAGCAUAAUUAUCACUCUCACAAAUGUACCAAAGUAUGAAUGUAAAAAGAAACAAACAUUAAUGACAUCCAGUCCUGAGCAGUGCAUUUAAAAAUGGAUUAAUACCCCUUUAUUAAAUAUGGGAACACUCAUUGGAAAAGAACUGGGGACCUUUGUUCAGAUUUAUUGCAGAAAAACUUGAUUCUGCUUGUAUUGUUUAUAGCUUUGAUGCUUUUGUUCCUGAGCUUUUUACGCAUACACACAGAAGUGAACUGGUCUAAAAUGAUCAACCAAGCUGCCUUAUCUAUUAGUACAAAAUAGCCCCUCAUCCCCUGAUUGUACCGUAUUUAAAACGAAGUGUUGCCUAGUGUUAAAAGCAGGUUUGAAAUCAAAGCUGCUCUUGACACCUACAUAAAGGCCAAAUGCUGAGCACAAAAGCCAUUUUUUAGUGUAGUAGUUUAAGCCUCCUCAGAAACCAGCUCUAUAAUGGAACUGAUAAUGAAAGUUUAAUUACAACUGUUCUUGCAGGCUCCCUCAGAAUACACAUCCCAUUAGAUUGUUUCUGCCACGAUAGUGCUGUCUUUCAACCUCAUUUCUAGGAAACAUUUGGCUUUACCUGAGACUAGAGCUCACAGCAUUCGUGUAGGUAUUUUUGGCACACCUAAAGGAGGAUUAAUAUUUUAAUUUGAAGCCUGACAUGCGACUAUUCAGAUUGGGGGAGGUAUAGAGAAUGAAAAUUACAUUUGUGUAGGAGAGACUUUGCAUGCUGAAAAUGCCAAAGGGCAGAAUUUUUUUUCUUGAUAUCAUUAUAAAAAGCUAAACAUUAAAGGCCAGGAAAUCACCCCAAGAAAAGAGUUGACAUGUGGCAGUGUUUUAUUGUUGAUUGUGUUAUAAAAACAUUGUUUUCUUCAACACAACUGAAGAUGGCUGUUGUAUUCCAGCUAUAUACCUGGUGUGGUGAAGCAAGCAAAGUACCACCUACAUUGUUCAUAUGCAUGUAAUGUCCAUCCAUUCACUUCAGAAGUGUUGCUGGGUACUUGAAGACUUGUGGCAUAGACCCACGACACAAAUGUUUAUUAACUGUGCAUAUGCUAAUGUAUUGAUAUUUCUGGGAAAUUAAGGUGGUGGGUGGGUGGUCUCUCAGCAGCAUAGAGCUUCUGCAGUGUAUUCAGUCACCCUAUAAGCAAAGUAACUUAGAAAGGCGGGCAGGCAGGAGAUUUCUGCCCCAAAGUUGGCAGCAGCAUGUGUUGUCUGAAUUGACCAUAGGGCAACAGCAGUUGGAAAACUGGAUAAGAUUCCUGAAAGACACAUGGCGUAUUUUGAAUAUUUUAAUAAACAUUUUAUUAUCAUUUGAAUAAUAAUAACUUAAUAAUUAAAGUGUGCUGUAGAAGUGCCAUUUUUAGUAUUUUUAAAAUCACAUACAGAAGAAAUUACCUUAAAAGCAAAUGAUCAUACUUCAUAAAACGGUGUCAGUUCCGGAUUUAAUGGCAUUGGUUUGCAUUUAAAAGUGCACAUCUAAUGAAUUUGGGAGUUUAAAAAUUGAAAAUGUUCUUUAACUCCAGAGUGUCAGUUUCAGUAGUGUUGCAUCAACAUUUGAUGUCGGAGAUCGCAUAACCCAGAAAUCUGUUCCAGCCUUUGCCAACUACAUUAAAGAUGAUACAUCUUUUAGAGAUUUCAAGGUGCCACAGAAUCCAUGUUAGGUCCUGUCACUUAUGAAAACGGAUGUCUUAACAGCAUAGAUCAGUCUUUGUCAACAUAGUGCUCUCUAGAUGUUUUGUAUUUUACCUCCCAUUCCCAAGCUGUGCUGAUAAGUGUUGCAGUCCAAAACAUCUGGAGGAAACCAGGUUGGUGAAAGCUGUAACACAUCUAUUUUUGUUAUGUAUCUGUUCUUGUUUUCUGCAAGUGACCAGAUUUGGCGUUGGUUUUGUGGCAUCUAAAGAUUCCCUACAGCUGGUACCAUCUUGGACAUAAUGCCAUUGAAAAGGGCUGUGUUAUGGAAAAUGUGGCUUUGGGAUUGCGACCGGCAGUGGAUCCUUUUAAGAUGAAUUCACCAAUUUAUCUGCUGAGAAAUGUUUGUUGUUGAAGAGUAAUAGCGCACAUAAAUAACUUUUAUUCCAAUAUUUGAAUUUCAGAAUCCAGUAGUAAAUGGGUAUCUCUGACCAAGGUGCAAGGUUAUGUUUUCAAAGGUUUUAUCCCAAAACAUGCAAGUGUGUCCAGAAUAAUGAUUCCAGGUUUUAUAUUGUACCGGAAUAUAACAAAACACUUGGCAAGGUACUGACACUUAAUUUGAGUAUGUUUUAAUGUAAUUUAUAUAGUUUGACCUCUUAAGCAGCCCACCUCACUGAACCCUUUUGUCAAUGCUGUGUUUAAUGAUUUGAAGCAACUGUAAGUGUGGGGUGAUAAAUGUUCAUCUGCAUAAAUCCAACAUCAGUAAUAAUAUCCUGUACCUAGAAGUAGAUGCAUCAUUGCUGCUUAGAGAAAGGAUUCAUGAUUUCUGUGACAUUUCUAAACGCUCAUACCUGCUUGAGGACGCUUCCAUUCAGAUGCACCUUCCAGUUUUGGAGAGGUUUUUUCUCCCUUACAUGUGCUUUGUACAAAAGAACAGGUGUUAAGAGCUUUCUGACCUCCUGGGUGCUGCAUGAAUAACAAUCACCAAGUGACUCUAGUACUGCUGAGAGUCUUCCGAGAGUGUGUAUAAAUGUGAAAGGUAUAAGCAUUUGAGCCCGUUGAUGGCAUUAGCUAACCGUGAGGUCUGAAACCUUUACACUACUGCAGCAAAAAAUGUACACCUUCUUCUUAACUGAUUGAAAAAAAGAUCUGCUGGUAGUUGAGCUUAUAAAAACCUGGAUUCUUAUUCUAAAAUAACCUCCAAAGGCAAAUCUGUUUCUCAAGAGAAAAUCUGAAUUCGUGAAUGUUAGGUACAACUACUUCAUAGAAAUAAGAGGGAUAAGGUCAUUUCCAAAGCUGAACCUAAACUCUCACUAGGAAUAUGCACCUCAUCUUUUAUUUCACAGAUGUCCAGUUUCAGUUUUUAUUAUAGAAGAGAAGUUUGUCGUGUUUAGUCUGAUACCUCUGUCUGUAAGGCACAUAAUGUAUGGAAUUCAAUACAGUACCACAUUAUUUUGAGUGCUUCUUAUGUGCGAGCAUUUAAGCUUGUCACACGGAAUGAUUCCACCCUUCCCCUCUGCUGUUCUGAGGGUUCUCCUGACCCCCUGAGCCAACUUCAAGGGCAUACAAGGUGUGGAGAGAAAGGAAGACCCCAUUGCGCAUGCAGAAGUUCUUGCACAGGGCUUCUGUUGAUGGGGCGAGUAAGGUGAAUCCUGCCCAUUAUGUUUCUGUCGUCACAGAUUUACAGAGCUCUUAAGCAUUCAGACCAAAGGCAUUUAUUAAUAAGAUUUCCAAGGAGAAGUUUGAAUCAAGUGUAUGCAUAAUACCGUGUAGGUACAUUAAAAAUGUUGUGUGUCUUCCUGUUGAGAAGGAAAAUAGUUUCUCUGCAAACUCACAUUUGAGGUUGUGAUCUCUGCAAGAAUCUGCAACUUCCCACUUCACUAACCGCCUACUCCAUUCUGUUCAAAUACAAUACUGCUUGCAUUCGAGUUUAAAUAAUUAGUCCUUGCUGGCUGGGAACAUUUCCACAUGCAGAUCUGAUUUUAAAAGGCCAUUGCCAUGUAUGAAGGGAGGGGAACGACGUGGAUGAGAAAAAGACAGGAAAGAGCUAUUAGCAAAGCCAUUGUAUUGUAAUGCCUUCUAGCAAAUGCACCACUGCUCUGAUAUACCGCCUUCCUAAUUUUUAUUCUUCUGAAUCAUGCAAGAAGAAUCCUGUUACACGUACUCAUUUUACCAUUAUUAAGGUUGCAAUCCUACCCAUACUUGCUUGGCUGUAAGCGUGAUUGGACAAACUGAGAUCAAGCAUAAGACUGGGUGUAAGAGUAGCAAUAUACACUGAGAACAAGGCUGUUUGUUGUGUAUGCUGCCAUUCCAUGGGAAUGAAGAAAAAGCAUGUAAUGUUUUGUACAUCCACACAUGAAUGCAAGUGAUUUAGUAAGAAUUGGACAUAAGGGAUGCUUCAUAAUAAUUGUUAAGCAACAAUUGGAAUUUGAUCCUGGUGUGUUACUAUGACAAACCUAGUUUUUUUAACCUGCAGGGUAGGUAUGAAAGUUCUCCUCCUCCUUGCAAGCCUGGUACAUAUGAUACUAUCCUAAUUCAGCACUGGAGGCCAAGCUAUGAAAUUGUCCCAUAAGACAAAGCAGCAGCACCAUGUGUUGGUGGGAUUGACCAGUACUGCAGCACUCCUAGGAAGAGACUUAACUGUCUGUUAGCUUGCCACUUUAAUAUGCAUUAUAUAACUUAAUAAAGUGAGCUUGAAUGCCAGGAGUGUGGUUUAUAAAGAACAGGCUAUUUGGUUGCGCCUGUGCUUGGGGAAUGUUUUUGAUGCAGCAUUUAAAUUGACAUUGUACACAGCUGCAUUCAUAAUAAAUGUAAAAGCUCUUCUCAGACCUUACUUGAUUUGUACUAGAAUGCUGCCCAUUUAGACUUCGCCAUGGGCAGUGAACUUAUUUAGCGUGAUUCAUGGUCUACUUAGAGAAGAUGGCUGAAAAUUCUGUGUAGAAUGCCUCCCCUCCUCCCCAAAUAGAUCAUUCUUUAUUUCACUGUUUCAAAAUAGUACAAACCCGUUUUUCAUUGUUUGGCUGACCUCUGCCUCUUUUCUGCACUCUUUCCCCCUUCAUUGUCAGUGCAUCAUACUUAAUACGUGUGUCUCUAGGUUUUUCAAGUUGAACUUUAGUAAGGCAAGAGUCAUAAAUUUUUACCUUUUUUCAUUUUUGCCAUUCACAGUGUUUUCUGCUGCAAGCAGUAUCCACUUUGCGCUCUGAGCUUUACAGAAUUAUUUGUUUUAUUGAAGGGGGAUAUUUAUACCCCGCUUUUCAGGUGAACCUCACAAAGUGGUUCGCACUGAAAUAAGCACCAAUUAAAACUACAUCAAAAGGCAGCCAAGGGAAGCUACCACGGUUGGGGUUGAAAACUACAUCUCUCCUCCCCUUAGUGAAGCCCUGUGAUGAUACUUGAGGGAGAUGCCACCUCAGUUAAAUUGCUAGAAGCUAGAUAACAGGCGGUUCUCAAGUGGGCUGGGGGUGGUGCUCCAGCCUUGUACCUCCACAUUUGACCUGUGGGUCUCUGUGCUACACCUGACUCCUUAUAGCAUGUUAGGUGUGGGGCAGGUAAAAUAACAACAAUGUACUCCCCCCCGCAAAAAAAAUCCCUGGUCGUCGUCCUCAUAAUUCUCUAAAUUUCAUAUAUGGAUAUGGGUGGUGGUGAUUAGAAAUAUUCAGCUCACAAAAUCACAUUGGAAAGGUUAAGAUAAUAUUAUUUUAAACUCGCUUAAUUCUUUCUAAUACCAGAGAUCUUCCCAGUUGCUUUUAAUAGUAUAGGCUUAUCCACUCGCUUUCAAGACGGUUGUUUGUGAUUGGGGACUGUUAGAGGCUGAUGCACAUCAGAUUGGCUUACCUUUGUGGUUGUUGCUGCCCUGGCAUGGUAGCAUUUUGGCAUUGGCUAUCACAGAAGGUUGUUGUUUCAAACAUUUCUGAGUGACUUGGAUAUGUUUGUAGUUCUCUCUUGCUCUUCUUAUUGUGAUUGAGAAUUUGCAGUUGCUGUUUGUGUAUUUUUGUAUACUCUCAAAGCUGGUUUCAAAACUUGGGUUUUUAAGUUCUAUCCUGAGGUCACUUAAAAAAAAUUUGUACCUAAUUUGGUUUAUUACAAUUAAAUCUGUCACAUCACAGAUACAUACAUACAUUAUUUUAUUUGCAUGCCACCUUUCCAUAGUUCAAAACAUGCUCAACAGCUUACAACUUGAGGAAAAAAUGCGUAAUUAGAAACACUACAUAAGUAGUCAUAAGCAAUAAAUAAAACAUCAAAAGUUCACAGCCAAACUAAACAAUUUCCACAUAAAUCGUAGUAAGAUAUAAAAUAAAAAUACAAAAAUUAAUUUCAGUAACAGCAACAAUCCUCCUUCCCAAAACAAAACCCCCUAAACCAGGCAUCCCCAACCUGGGCCCUCCAGAUGUUUUGGCCUACAACUCCCAUGAUCCCUAGCUAACAGGACCAGUGGUCAGGGAUGAUGGGAAUUGUAGUCCAAAGCAUCUGGAGGGCCGAAGGUUGGGAUGCCUGAUGUAAAGCAUGCCAAUGCACCAUCACAAGGUAAGAACAGUUAUAUGGAUGGCAUAUAAAUAAUAAAAUUAUUAGUGGUGCUCUUGCAAACUGAGGCUGAACUAUUUGAAAUCACCAGUUUCUUUUUAAGGACUAAUGCUCUCUUUGCUUUGAGACAAGGAAGCUAUUAGUGGAGAAGACCAUAAAACAAGAACAUCUUACCAGGAAUCUAGCUUGUACAGUCAGUCCCAAUUUCACUAGGAACACAUACUUGCACAAGUUGAAUUCUAACUAGGUAUAUUUUGAAGUGAUUCCAUUGAACUCAGCGGGAAUUGGUUCCAAGUGAGUUUAGAGUUGUGUAUUUUAAUGACAUUUUAAUAAAACCUUGCUAGCUGACGAUAUUUUCAGGGAUGAUGGGAAUUGUAGUCCAAAACAUCUGGAGGGCCGAAGGUUGGGGAUGCCUGCCCUAAACCAUACCCCAGCACUAGAUGGUGGGGGGAGGGGUAUGUCUAGCCUAGUGCUGGAAACCAGAGGUGGGAAAGGAAUAAAUUAAUACAAUAUUAUAUUUUAUAGCAAUAAUAGCAAAAUUCUUCAAGCUGGAUAAUUUGCAAUAGAUUAUGUAAUUAACCAGAUGGAAGAAACAAAAAAGUUUCUUGUAAACUGUAGGAGUGACAAAGUAUUUGACAAAGUACUGGUAGAUGCAUAUGAUCUUGCUGAAGUAGUAGAAAUCCGAGCAAUUUUGAACCAGAUCCAGUUUGCUUGAGAAAAAGUAGAAGCAAUUUGCAUAUGAAAUGAACAAUGAACCUAUCGAGAAUCCUAAAGAAAAAUUGAAAGUAAACUUUUACUUUGGUAUCCCUGAAACUGCAAUGCAAUCCCUUGAUGGAAGGUUCAAACAGACAGAUAAAAUCAAUUCUUCAUUGGGCUUCUUCUGUAAUAUUCAAAGUUUGCAGAAUAGUACAUCAGCACAAAUUAUAUAACACUGUGUAAAUUUAGAGAAAGCUUUACAACAUAGGGAUGCCAAAGACAUUGAUGCUGCUGAAUUAUUAUGAUGAAUUAAAAACUAUUGGCCGACAACUUCUGAACCAUGCAACACCCAAGAGAUAAUUACAUUUAUAUGUAAACAUAACGUGACUGAUAGUGUACCCAAUACAUUUAUUGCUCUUUGCAUCCUCUUGACCCUUCCUGUUUAUGUUUCCAGUGGUGAGCAAAGUUUUUCAAUACUGAAGUUAAUUAAAUCAUUUAUACAUUUUUUGAUGUCUCAAGAAAGGCAAUAUUGAUAGAGCAUGAAAUUGCAGAAAGCGUAGAGGUAUCUGCACAACUUUAGGCAAGAAGAAUUAGAUUCUUAAUGUAUUAAAGAUGUAAAACUUUUGUAAAUUUGUUCUGGAAACUUGUUGGAAAUUUAUGGAAUUAACAAAUUAACACAAUUUAUUAUAAUAAUAAUAAUAUUGUUUUAUUGUGUCAACCACCUUGAGAAGACUACAUAGUCCUGAAACGUGGCAUACUAAUCCUGGAAAGCAGGUAAAUGGCUCUAGUAAAGGAGUAAGUAGAAGCGUGGCGGUGGGUUUUCUUCCAGGCUGUUCUCACUCUGAAGUCAGAGUCCUCAUUUCCAGCUCACCCAACUGCACACAUUUCCUUUGAUCGGGUCCAGAGCUUUGAGGAGGCAGCAGGUCAAAGGGAGAGUGUGUGUUUGGCUGUGCAGGAAAAAUGGGAUGAGACUUGGGAGAGAGAGUGGUCUUAAAAGAAUGAGGGGGAAGAGCAAAAAGGGACAGAAAUGUUUGGCCUGAAGCUACUGAGGUGAAGAAUCAAAAGUGGAAUUGAAAUAACCAGUCAAGUCUUGGCUACAGGCUUGCAGUAGGAAAAGAAUGCUUCAAAGUUCAAGUUGUAUUGAUUUUUCACUGCUUGUUUUCACAUUCCUCUCAUUUCUUGUUGUGCAUUAUUGGGCUUUUUCCAUGAGAUCAAUAGGUUUUGUGUGGUGACAUCACAGGUAAAGGAAACGCAACAUCUCCGUAACUUGAUGGAGAAACUACCAUGCAAAAUACUAUGGAAAUUGCUUUGAUUUAGGCUGGAGACCUCUGUCUCUUUUGAUUAAGAAUGUUUCAAACUUGUGGACUUUGUGAUAGUUGGAUCUGUUGAGAAUGCAGGAAGAGUUCUGCAAGGCAGAGAAAGACUAUACUGGACAGUAAUUAAAAGAAGGAGGAGAUUGUCUGAAAUGAAUUCAAAUGUGGCUGCAUUUAUUUCUACCCUAUUCAUUCCAAAACACUUUUGACUGGUUGGGUACAAUAAUUUUCACAGCUCAAUUUGGUCUGAUGGCCAUCUGGUACUUUUUAAAGCUUACAUCUUAUUUUCUGUGAAAACUGAGGCACUAGAUUUGCAAGCCUGAUAUUAAUCAUUUUAUAUACACAGUUUUCCUGAUAGCAACCAAAUGCUUAUCCUGGACAGUGGAAAUAGAAAAUCAAGACAAUGAUUCAUUUCUAGGUUAACCUGUGCAACAUGUGACCAAGAAAUAUUGUAGGAGCGCCAUACAUUCACUGGAAGCAGUUCUUUCUUCAAAAGGGAAAUUAUUUUAAUUAACAAAUGCAGUAGGUCCGGUAAAAGUUUAUAUAUCUAUGCAAUGUGUGGAUAGAAUACCAUUACAAAUGUUAAGGCAACAUUUUUUUUGCAAUAUCAAAGGAAUAAUGGAUCUGUCUACUCUAUUAAGAUGUUAGCAUAAUCUUAAUUAACAUAUUUAUUAGUCUAAUUAUGUGACAACGCUCUGAUAAUAAAACUUGCUGUUGACCGUUCCUCAACAUCAGGGAUGGAACGAGGAUAUGAAAACCAAAUUGAUACAGAAUCCACACUUUAAUGGCCUCACACAGUUAUUUGGUGGUGGUGGUGUAGAAAAUAUAGCUGGUUAUGAAGGCACGGUUCAUGCAUAACACUAAAAUAGGAGUGGCUAACAUUUAUACUUGCAUAUGUUGCUGGACUACAUCUUCCAUGAACCCUGGCUAUUGGCUCUGUUGCCUACAGCUAAUGGGAACUGGAGCCCAACAUUAUCUGAGCAGGAGGUUGUCACCCCUCUGUUUAAACAUGGUUUAGCCUUAUGUGUGCAGACUUCACCCUUGUGCACUUCCUCCUCCACUCAGGGGCUUUCUUGAAGACUUUUUCAUGAUGUCUGUGUGAGGAGAGGAGGAUGGCUCAGGAAUGGAUGAACCAGAAUAUUGGAAGGAGCAGCAAGUUCUGCUCAAGUUGGCACCUUGCUAACGCCUCUCUAUACUCAAUAUUCAUAUUCUGUUUCUUUGCGUGUUUUGAGUGACAGUAUUGGCCAGAAUGCGUUGCCCCUGGGACAAAAGAAGAAAAAAGGAAAAAUUAAGCCAGGUAAGACACAGAAGGCAUAUAGGAUUGUGACAUACAUGGUGUGUAAAUCAGUGUUAAACAAGAACUCCGCUCCUGGCUGGCUCAGAUUUCAAAGGAAAACAUUUCAAAACACUGGGGGAGAUUGUGCUGUUAAGCUGGUGAUGCAAUUACAAGGCUGUAAGCUGGAGAAACGUUUUCGAAGUGGCACAUAUUAAACCUUUCGAAGGUAGUGCUUUGAUUUUUAAUUUUACGCUCUUGGCAGGCAGGCAGGGUCUUUAAUAGUAUGAAGGCCAGAGGGAAAAUGUUUCAAAACAGUGAGGAUCUUAUCAUAGUGUGCAAUUAAUGAAUAAUUAUUAAAAAACCCAGAAAUAACUGGGAAAAAGGAAGUAGAAGUGGGCAGUGCAUAGCUCUGGUUUCUAGCCUAUAAUGAAACCUCAAGAGGAGAAAAUCACGAUAUUUUUUCAUUCAAUUAAUUCCCCGCUCUCAUACCGCAGUUAAAAGAUCAGUAAAAGAUACAUCAGUCACUUCAGUUUGGUUUUCAGUGACUUUACCAUCAUGUGGGAUGGUAUUUUAUAUAUUUGACUAGUUAAGAGACAAUCUACCAUCUUCCUUCAUUAAGUAAGUUCUUUUUUAUAUUAAAAAAAAGUACGGCAGUAGAAGUCUAAAUUGGAAGACGGUCACUCUGGCAGGCUUAUCAUAUAUGAUUUCCUUUAAAUCUUUAGAUCGGAUUCAAAGCUGUAACAGAUUAAACUAAUUAGCAUGUAAUGGCUUCAUUGAAGUACAGUGGUACCUCGGGUUAAAAACUUAAUUUGUUCUGGAGGUCGGUUCUUAACCUGAAACUGUUCUUAACUGUUCUUAACCUGAGGUACCACUUUAGCUAAUGGGGCCUCCUGCUGCCGCGGGAGCAAAGUUCUUAACCCGAGGUACUAUUUCUGGGUUAGCGGAGUCUGUAACCUGAAGCGUUUCUAACCACGCCUCAGGAAAGAGACGUCACCAGAACUCUUUAACUCUGUGAGUUCUGAAACCAUUCACAGGUACCACUGUAGAUCCUUGCCCUUUCACGAUACUGUCUUUUGAUACAUGUAAAUAUUAAGCAGUUCCAAACACUGGCCCCAUCACUUCUUGGCUAGCACACCCAGGAAAUAGCUUUGCUUAGGUCAGGUCCUCAGUGAACAUAGUCACACGAUUGGUCCAGCUAGUCUUGUCUACCCUGACUGGCAGUGGCCAGUGUUCUGAGUUACAUUGCCAGUGUGAACAUGGAUUGGAGAUGCUCCUUAGCUGUUGUUACUAUCAUUCCUUUGAUAGAACUAUCCUCCAUGAAUCCUUAUUGAAAGCCAUCUAAGUUAAGGCCAUCAGCACAUCUUGUACCGUAUUUUUCACUCCAUAAGACACACCUGACCAUAAGACGUGCCUAAUUUAUAGAGGAGAAAAGGGGGAAAGCCCUGUUUUUUUGGGAUCAGCUCACAGUUGUGCAGCUUCUUUUGCAAAGGGUAAAAGCCCCGUUUUUUUGAGGAUCAGCCCGUCACAUGUCGCUGGGGAAACAAACAGCCUCCAUCUGCAGAACAUUCAACAAUGGAGGCCUGGGCAAGGGGCCAGGGCCAGAAAGGGAGCCAGCGAUCGACCACACAUUUGCUCCAUAAGACGCACAGACAUUUCCCCAUACUUUUUAGGAGGGAAAAGGUGCGUCUUAUGGAGCGAAAAAUACGGUAAUUUACCAAUUCCAGUGCUUUUUUUCUUAAAACAUGUUUAGGGGUACUCUCAAUUUGACUCAAGAAAAUCACCAUUUUAUAGUUCAAAUUAGGAAAAAUAAUUACAGUAAAUGGAUAAAAAUACUAAGAUUCACAAAAUGUUUAGGGAUAUGCAUACCCCUCCGUCCCCCCAGAAAAAAAGCACUGACGAAUUCCACAAUUCUUAACUUAAAAAUGAUAUAUUGCAUAGAAUAGUACUUUUUCUGUUUUAAAUUUUAAAGCCAAUUGAUAUCAUUGGUUGAUCUCAACUUGCAGUAUAUUAGAAAAUAAUUAUUUCCUUCCACUCCAUACCAAUUUUAAAUUUAUAUCUAUUAAGUCUCCUCCCUCAAUUAGGCUGAAAUCCUAAGCACAUGCACGCACAGCUACUAAAGUAAAGCAAAUCUUAAACUUUGGAAGAAAUCUCACCGUGGCUGACUUCUCAGUAAACAAAUUUAGGAUUUUACGCUACAAAUCCUGUUUUUUUCCAAUUUAAAAAAGCUCAAAAGCUUUUGGACUGUGACAUACUCUUCACAUGUAUUUUUCAAAAUACAUAUCCACAUUUGACUCAAUAUUUUAAAGAAGUGGGAAUAGUCACCUUCUUGGAAACGUCUUUAAGAUGGGAAAGGUGUUUCUUUUCUAAUGAAUAUGCAUUUUCUUCGUUUUAGAAACAAAUUAGCUCUCCCAGUUGCAUUACAUCAAGGGGCGGGGGGUGGGGGACAAGAUGACAGUACCAUGCAGUGAAAACACUUAGCAAGAUGGACUGUAUGUAAGGGGAUAACCAAAAGAAUUUGUAUGUGGCAUUUCCCAGGAACUGUAACUAGGAGACAAUGUUCAAACUUCUCUGCUUUUUACUAUUGCUUUCCGUUUUGUGUGUGCAUGCCCAUUUUUAAAUCCUUUCUGUCAUUUUGAGUUCUCCAGCACAACCUUUGACAUAGAGUGAAACAGAGAGCAGCAUAUAUAAGCCAUGACAGCUAGUUUAUGCAUUCCCCGCUACAGAAAUUUAUCUGUGUCAACAUCAUAUCCAGUCGUCAUAUUGCCAUAGUGAGGGAGAAAGCGUUCUCAGGAACUUCAGUUUCUAUGUGACGUGUUUCUUUUGAGAAGGAUUGUCUGUUGAGUUAGAGCAAGAUGGCUGCAAUAUGGUGAGGACAUAAAUGUAAAAGUGAGGAGGAAUUAAAGAACCUUUUAAUGAGGGUGAAAGAGGAGAGCGCAAAAUAUGGUCUGAAGAAUUGAUGCUUUUGAAUUAUGGUGCUGGAGGAGACUCUUGAGAGUCCCAUGGACUGCAAGAAGAUCAAACGUAUCCAUUCUUAAGGAAAUCAGCCCUGAGUGCUCACUGGAAGGACAGAUCAUGAAGCUGAGGCUCCAAUACUUUGGCCACCUCAUGAGAAGAGAAGACUCCCUGGAAAAGACCCUGAUGCUGGGAAAGAUGGAGGGCACAAGGAGAAGGGGAUGACAGAGGACGAGAUGGUUGGACAGUGUUCUCGAAGCUACAAACAUGAGUCUGACCAAACUGGGGGAGGCAGUGGAAGACAGGAGUGCCUGGCGUGCUCUGGUCCAUGGGGUCACAAAGAGUCGGACACAACUAAACGACUAAACAACAACAACAAAACAAAAUGUAAAACAAAGUUUUUGAGCUUUGUCAAGUGGUUGUCAAUUUCCCAUAAUAUACACUUGCUUGUGCAAGCAGAAUCAUGUGCCUCUGGAGAGGGCAGCAUAGACAAUACCUUGCUCACAGUUGGAGUCUCUACGGACCAACCAGAAGUGUGGUUAGUUAUCGUUUCCUCCAGGACACCUUUGAAAACCAGCCACAGAGACAGCUUUAUUUAUCCUGUCAGAUUGCCAGGUGGUAACAGUGAGAACAGGUGGUAACAUGAGAAUGGUGGUCCCUAGCCGAGGUGCCUAGCAUGGAAUGAAAACAUCCUUGUUUCACCAUUCCUGAAACAAAUGCCUCUUAGUACAAGUAUUUUAUGCAAAUAUAUUUUUAAACUUCAGUGGUAUCUCCAAAGGAUUUUGGGAAGCCUUCUAUUUAUAUUAUCUUGCACAGUUCUGUUGUCUACUCAGGUUGAAUGAGUAGUUCUUGGUGGCGGCUCCCUCAGCAGAUCAUUUGAAUACCAUAAUCAUGAAUUUCUGUGUUGAUUAGAGUCGUUCAAGGCGCUUUCACAAAGGAUAGCAGAGCUAUCCAGUUGUUCUUACAUUCUGUCUGUAGAGGAGGAGUGGAGUCACAGUCCCUCUAAUUCAACCUUCCCAUGUUGAGCAGGAAGAUUUGGAGCUGUUUAGCUAAACACAGGUAUAGUCUUCUGAGUAGACAUGGUUAUGGUUGUGCAGUGAAGUACCAAGAUGAAAGAUGCAAUUUCCUUACUUACUACGUACUUUAUAACAGAAAUUAGAAUGAAGAACAUCUAAAUCAGAGGGAAAUGUGGGUUCUUUCUAAGAAAUUAGCCACUGUGACCAUACCGUACUUUUCACAGGACCUGGAAUUAUAGCAGUAAUUGAAGGAAGAGGUACUGAGAAGCUUUGUGUGAUUUUUUUACUGUACUACCCACACUUAACCUGCUAACUUUAGUCUAGUAUUUAUAUAAACUGGCUUUAGCACAGUCCCCAUGUGACAUGGGGGUAUUUAUCAUGCUGGCUCUGCAUAUAGAAGUACCUUAGUAGCGUCCAUCUUUAAGACAUAUAUAUUUUCAUGAAACCAUGGGAAUUUGUUUUCUCCAAAUAGUUUUAAGUUUAGUUGGGGAUUAUAAUUAAGUAAAAAUGGAUACGCUAGUCAGGAACGGACUCCCUCAGAAGGUGGUGGACUCGCCUUCGUUGGAGAUUUUUAAGCAGAGGUUGGAGGGCCAUCUGUCAUGGAUGCUUUGGCCGAGAUUCCUGCAAUGCUGGGGUUGGACUAGAUGACCCAUGAGGUCCCUUCCAGUGCUACAGUUCUAUGAUUCUAUGUCCCAUACUGCAUGCUCCAUUUAGCCUAACUCACUUCUUAAAAAGGCACUCUAAAUAAACACUCAUGUACAUUCCAUGGUUCUUUAUUUUCAUAUAUAUAUGGACCACCUUCUGUCAUCCUUUCUACCUUUCUCUGAAAAGCAAGUAUGAAUAAUGCAUGGAAGAGGAGGAGGGUGUUGUAUUGUUUUUAAUGAACAGACUGGCGCCAUGUUGUUUUUAUUCUAAUUAUUUGGUGGGUGGGUGUGGUUUUAAUUUUAUCAGUGUUUAAUUAUAGGUUUUUAAAAAUGUUUUCCCCCUGUGUUUUCCUUGUCAGGGGAAAAGGUGGGGUAUGUAUGAAUGAAUGUAUGUUUCUGCUUUUGCUUCUGCCCUGGACCACUAUGCAUUCCUUGUAACUUCAUGAUUAGAGCCAGUGUAUGUACAACUUGUACACAUAGGUUCUAUCCAUAUGCAGUUGGAGUCCGAGCUAGAUCAAGUAUCCAAACUUCAAUGCACGUAGGCUCUGUUUACAUAGAAUAAUGUGUGGACAACAAGAUGGGCACAGUGGGCACGAAGGACACAUUUAGUGUUGGUGGUUUUAGACUAGAUGAAAAGGGAUAAGUUUUGUGUAGGACAUAACUUCUCUAACUACAGCAAGAUAUAACAUAUCAACUAGAUGUCCAUUCCUCCCCCUUCAAAAGUAUAUAGGUUCUUCUUUGCCAGUGAGAUUUGCUUAGCUGUCUUGCCUGGCCUUUUUCUACUGUCGUUAAUUCAUAAUCUUGCCAGAUAAGCUUUAAUUUAGUGCCAACUCAGCAAGUAACUCAUGGGUAAAAGUGCUUUACGUGUCAAGCCCACUGGUGGCAGUUCAUCACUUGAUUUAUCUCUUAUUUCCAUGUGGAGUUAAAUGUAAACUGCCACCGUAAAUCAUCAGUGUGAAUGGUGCACUAUUUGCAUAUUUCUGUACUACCCAAUUUUAAAAAAUUGCCCAUAUGUUUAUCCUCUUUUGUCCGCUUUCAGACUUAGCAAGGUUUAUUUCUUAUCUUUUAUUCCAAAUCAAGAAGCACUGGCUUAAUUUUGAUUUCAAACUGACUUGUUGAUCACAAAAUGGCUUUAGUAAUGCAUGUUGCUGCCCACAGAGAACCAACACAAGAAUGUGUGUUUCCAGGUCCUUUCCCUAACGUUUGCCCAUGCUAAUAAUUCUUAUAUAUGAACCACUCCUUCCUGUUCAAUAGGGACAGUCCUGAUUUUCUGGUGUCCAUCCAUCAUAAAUUACUGUAAAUUACAGUUUUCAUAAAUUACAGUUUUGGUGAAGAGUAAAUUGAAUUUACUGCACAUUUUGCUCUGUUUCCCACAAAGAUUUAUAGAGAUCCAAGGAGUGAGACUAAAAUAUAAAGACUUCAGGGGAAGGUAUAUAUACUAGAGCUAGCUUAAAAGGUCAUCUCCCAAAACUCUCCAGAGAGCAAGAUCACAACUUACAGUAACUUAUGAUGGAUAGGACUUACCAUGGGGUUCAAUCAGGAAUUUCAAAAACUUUUUAAAAUUCCUUUUCUUCCUUACUUAUCAUUUCUUUGUAUAAUUUCUCUUAAAAUUUGGGAUGUAUCUCUUUGGUAGGGUGAUCUGUUGAUGCACUGCUUCUAGAAUGCUCUUAUAUCCUGAAAUCUGAUGUCAGAUUUUGACUGACCUUGCUGUGGGAAAAGUACCACCCAUUGCUCUGCUUAGCCGACUUUCCCCCAGAUAGCAGCAGGAGUGAGAUCAGGACAAUUCUCUUCCGGAGAUUUUUUUCCACACCUGGGUGAGAAGGGUGUAGUAUAGAACAGAAGCUAAACGCUGAUUACAUUUAGAAGUGAGCUUUUUAUACUAUUGACUAAACAACAUCUCAGGAGGAAGAUCCCAGGUGGAAAGUUCCUACCUGUCAGUCCAGACUGUCAUGAAAACCACAAUAUCCACAGUAUUUGCAAACAUAUAUUUCCUUAUCUAAAGGUCAUUUAAGCUUUUGCUGCUUAGCUCUGUGCUUAGCUGUUUUUUGUUCUUGCUUUAAGCACACAUUUACUGCCUUCUCGGUAGUGGCGCCCACCCUGUGGAAUGCCCUCCCAUCAGAUGUUAAGGCAUUAAGCAGACAUCCUAUUUUUAAAAGAUAUUUGAAGGCAGCCCUGUUUAGGGAAGUUUGUAAUAUUUAAUGCUGUAUUGUUUUAACACUCGAUUGGGAGCCACCCAGAGUGGCUGGGGAAACUCAGCCAGAUGGGCGGAGUAUAAAUAAUAAAUUAUGUUGUUGUUGUUUAUAUAGAGAUGAGUUCAGACUUCAACCAAAAUGUAGUCAGUCCUGCUUCACUUACAUCAACAUGCACAGGGCUGGUCUUACCAAAGAAUAUGCUAGCAUGAAGAAAAGGUUAAACAAGCACUCUUUUCUUGUACUGUUAUCCAGCAGCUUGUCAAAAUUUGACAAUUCUUUUUUAAAAAAAAGGUAAUUCCGAUCAUAUUAGGGUUGCCAGAGAGGGUAAAAACCAUAUAUUUCAAAACUGAACUAUGGAUCGAUAGGGAACCUAUGGCCCUCCAAAUGCUGUUUUAACUACAACUUCCAUCAUCCUUGACAAUCGGCCGUGCUGUCUGGGGCUGAUGGAAGCUGGAGUACAACAAUAUUUGGAGGAGCACAGGUUCCUCAUCCCUGAACUGUGGAUUUUUUCUAAUUUUUUCUUUGGUAAUAUAUGGGUAUAGCAUGGUUAUUUUUGUAGAACCUAGAGAUGUCAUUCAGAAUAAAGGCUGUUUGGUGACCCUAUCUUGGCUGAACUCAAGGGAAGCGACUAAUAUGAGCCAUAAGGAGGCAGCCACAACUUAAUUUCCUCUCUCUGAGGCCUUAUUCCAGAAUAUUGCUAGUGUUGCUGCUUUGGCCAGCUGCUUGAAAAAGGGUAAGCACUUAAGAAUACCGCACAAAGUCUGUUUUUGAAACUGUCAAAACCCAGAUCAAAAUGCAUAUAAGCAUUUACUUUCACAGUUUUGAAGGGAAGAAAAUAGUAUUGUGCCUUUUGACAAGAAAGUAUAAAUUGUGCCACUUGAUUUGUUACCAGUAAUGCUUCAGUGGCUAGCAGUGCGUAAUAACUUUUCCCUUUAUGGCUAGUACAUUGCAUUGUUGUCUCUAAAAUUUUCAUGUUUGGAUCAAUUUACUGGAUUUUCAUUUCAUGUUGAGGUGGUUCAAUCUAUGUCUGAAGGCCCAUUUUGUUCAGACUCAUAACUCAAGCGGCGUCCUGUAGCUAGAAGAGAUUGCUUUUGAAUGGUUAUGUUGGUUAAUCAUAAACUGUUGCUUUGGUGUGUGAGUAAGUGAAAGCAUUUUGCUGAUGAUAAAACAUGAGUUUUGAGUGCAGUUCAACUGCUACCUUGACCAAAUGCACAAAAGAGGUAAAAAAUUAAGUAUAUAGCUCCUGUAGCCUAAUCCAAUGCUUCUGCAUUGCUGAAUGUGUAGAAGAUUGCACUUUUGGGGAACGAACCUCCCAUAGUGCUUAGUAAUAGGAUUUACUGUGGAUGGAAUCACUGUGCUGUUGAAAGCCUGCAGCUUAGAUAUAGAUAAAGCAAGACUUCGUACCACCUGCGCACAUACACGGGAACACUGCUGUUGUUGAUCAUCCAUCUAUAAUUAAUGCGUUCUUUGCUUAAUUGGAUAUAGAAUAUGACCCUAGCAUGCUGAUCUGAAUGAAUAUGAUGGGGGAUUAAAUCAUUAACAGUAUGAAUAAAGUGAAAACCCAGAAUGUAUUGAACAUAAGCUCAUUUCUAUACUGCAGAAGUCAGCAAUGUUUCAAGCGGUGCUUCCAAUUUGCUUCUGUUUACUGAUCACUGCGAAAAAUGCUUUCCCUCUUGUCCUUCUUGCCCUCUGUUACGCUUCAACAUUUUGGGGAGUAUAAAUUACAUUCAUCCAAAUUAAAGGCUCCAGAUAAACUUAUUUUAACACUUUUUGGGUCUGUGAAAUUGGAGAAUUUACUGCAGCAGAAUGAAAUCUAUGAAACUGAGUGAGGAUCUUUAAACCCAUAAUAGAAUAAAUAUAAUCUAUAAGCUAACAUAACACAGAGGUGGAUUUGUAACACCCCAAAAUGCUAUUCAUUUGUUGAUUUUGCUUGCCUGGCAUUGCUGAAGAAAAUAAAUUGCUAUCUGGGCAUUACUAGAAAGCUAUCACAACAUACAUUUAAAGUGGAAUCUAGCUAGCUUCUCUGGAAAUCUGUGGUGAAACUAGGCAUUGAGGUAGCUAUGAUAAUUACUUUGCUGUUUUCUUGUUUUGCCCUAGUAUUUGUUGCAUAGUAGCCUAUGUCCAGUCUUGGUUUGCAGCUAGUAUGUAUGCCUUUACUUGAUGUUCAUCCUAGUCUUCCAACAGAUGCUCCGCACAAUAGUCUUAUAACCCACAUUCAGAAAAGAUCAGGGUGAAGUCUUUAAAAAGUAAAUAUAUGAUGGAAUUUAAGGCUACUCCCACCUCAGUUAAAUCAAUAUGUGAUUAUUUGGCUUACAGUUUAUCUGUGUUGAGACUGCAGUACUAAGCAUUCGUGCGUGCAGCAACCAUAAUAUUCCCCUUGUGUGUAUCUGUAGAAGGGGAUAGCAAGUGGAAGGUUGGAAGAACAGUUUGAGAAGAGCAUCCGAGCUCAUAAUGAUUCAGUGUGUUGAGGCAUUUGACAGUCACAAAAUUCUGCUCCUUAGUUUCUCUCGUGUGUGUGUGUGUGUGUGUGUGUGUGUGAGAGUGUGAGAGAGAGAGAGAGAGAGAGAGAGAGAGAGAGUAUGUAUGGGGUGGGAGCAAGGGAAUGAAUCUACCUUUAUCUUAGCUGAUAUUAUGGUUCAAGGUGGACCUGACCCAAAGGCUACGAAAUGGUGAAGGCCCUUAGAAACCACCUUUCAGCAGGAAGCAGGAGUGAUGACGUCUAUAUUCUACUUCCACUGUGGAAGAUUGUAUGCCUCUGAAUAGCAGUUCCUGAGAAUCCUGUGUGAGUAGAGCACUGUUAUACUCGGGUCAUACUUUUGGACUUCCCGUGGACAUUUGGUUGGCCACUGAAAACAAGAGCACUGGAUGAGAUGGGCCUUUGGCCUGAUUUGGCAGGGCUUUCACGUUCUUGCAUUUCUUCUGUUAGAAUCUUUUUCAUUAAAACCUGUUCAGACACCUGUUGAAUAUGCUUUAGAUUUGUAUACUUCUAGCAGCAUUGCUGUUUAAAUGUAACUCUCUCCAUCUUUCUGGCUCCUAAAUUUUACCAUUAUAAUUUCUCCAGAAUAUUAUUCCUUUCCAUUUCUGUCGUUUUGUACAUGGGGGUUUGUGUGACCCAUAGGCUGGGGCUGGGGUAGUGAAGGCCGUGCUCUAACUACUUUUAUCUGGUCUUCAUGAAUGUUGCCCUGCAUAUCCUGGGGUAACAAAAGCUGGAGAACUAUGCAGGUGAACCUCCAGCUGAAACACCAAAGCCUCAGCCAUAGGAGCCAGGGAAUGUUAACAGAGAUGUCUGAACACAGUGUGACUAAUUACAGCAGCUAUUGUGGCACUUGACACAUAACCAUCUUACCCUCUUUUUCCAGUGUGACAAGGAAAUAUAAUUGCCAGUUAUUGUUGCAGCACAUAUUUAGUCUGUUCAGUCUUUUGCAUUGUAUCCAGAAAGCAUUCACGAAGCGCCUGUAUCCUUUUUGCCUUUUCAUGAAUGUGGUUUGGAUGGGAAAGCCAAGGGGAGAGGAGCGGGGGAGAGGUUUCAAAACUACUAUAGCUUGUUUCCUCCUCUUCCCAGGUUUGAUUUCAAUGCAGUGCUAGGUAUUGGCCUUCUGUGGAAAGGAUCUUUUCUAUUCCCUCCACUGCAUAGAAUUGGGGAUCCUGAGAAUGUUGGCUGGGAUAGCUAGGAUAGCAGGCUUGUUGGUUUCUGAAUGUCUGAUGUAGAUUUUCAAUUUCAUUGUUCUGUAUGGGACAAUGACAAUAAAGAUUAUCGUAUUGUAUUGUAUUGUAUUGUAUUGUAUCGUAUCGUGCGUCCAUGAACUGUCCCCUGUAUAACUUCAGGUUGUCAACCUAAUCUCUUAAAAAGGGCUAGAGUUCAAGCCUGUCUGGAACACCAGCCAUCAGUGGGAAGCCCAGAUCCCUGGCCCAGAUCUGUGUGUGGUUUGGCUGCACUUAGAAUUAGAGAGUUGGAAGGGGCGGACGUGGAGGUCCCACUGCCCAAUGCAGGGUCUACAAUGCAGUUUACAACUGCAGCAUGCCUGCAGAUCAUCAGCCUCUUCUUAAAAGGCCUACUGCGUGUGGUGGUGUGAUUAGAGUGCCAGACUAAGCCUUAGGUGAUCUUGGUUCAACAGUCCACUUAACCACGAACCUUGCUGGAAGACUUGUAACCAAUGACAGUUUUUAAAGAGGGCUUGCAGAACAGGACAAUAAGCAGGUCUAAUCAGACAACCCAAUCCUAGUCAGUUUUAGAACGAGCUAGAAAUCUUUGCAGCCUGGUUUUAUUUGCUUGUUCAUUGUGUUGUGGUUUAAAUAAAAAUAAAUAAAUGAAGCAUUCCUCAAAGGGUUAGCGAUUGCACGCUUUCAGGGUGACAGCCACAACCUACAUUCUGUACUUGCAAGCAAGCACUGCUGUUUUCAAUGAAAUCUACUCGUUAAAUAGCUAAUUGAAGUGUGUGGGUUGAGGAAUCCUAAUUCCAGGAAGCAAUUAAUUAGGGAUGAGAGCCAGUUGAUCCAUGGAAAUGACUUCGAGGCUCAGGAUAUGAAAUAGCUCUGAAACCAGAAAUGCACAUCAAGUAAUAGAGACUGUAGGGCCAUUCCAGACAUGUCAUCCACCUCUCCCAGAGAUAAUUCCUCCCUCUGUGCUUCAGCUGCACAUUUUCCUAUUCACACCUGAAGAGGUUGUGCUGCUGUUCUGCUCUUUCUCUCUUUUAUGGAGUUACUGCAGAAAGAAAAAAACUUGUAUUAAGCAGUGGGAAAGCACAGGUGGAUUACAAUUGGCUUACAACAUCAUCUUUGACCCCUCUGAAAGUUGCAUAAAAGAAGCAUUAAAAGCCUGAUCUGAAACAACACUCAGGUAUGUGAAUUAAGUGUAUGAGGCAUGGUUGCCUGUGAGAGUGUUUGUAUUUUGUAUGUCUAAUCUUCCUCUUCUCGCGCAUAGACAAAGAGGCAGAGAGAGAAAGGGGGCAAAGAGAUGGACGGCAGGCAUGAGAGCCUGAUGAAUGUUCCUAACUAUUGUUUGAUUGUGGCUUAGAACAUGAGUUUUGCCCAUCACAAACUCUGGGUCUACAUGCAGUUGAUAUACUAGUUAUAUUGGUGAAGAUCUUGUCUUUUCUUUCCUACAUAGGCUACAAUCCUAUGUCCACUUCUUGUUGUUUAGUCGUUUAGUCGUGUCCGACUCUUCGUGACCCCAUGGACCAGAGCACGCCAGGCACUCCUGUCUUCCACUGCCUCCCGCAGUUUGGUCAAACUCAUGUUGGUAGCUUCCGCUUACCUGGAUGUAAAUCUCAUUGAACUUUGUUUGACUUACUUCUGAGUAGACAUGCAUGGGCUUGUACAGCAUAUCUUUCAGAGUAAACUGCACUAUCCGGUUUUCACAUGAUACUCUGGCUGUCAUUCCCCGCCCCUUGCUUUAAUUCAUUAACUUACUUUGUAAUGAUUUAACGUUUACUGCGUGGUUACUGUGUGAAAAAACUGUUACCCCACCAUUGCUUCAUUUGAUGUUUAUCAAGAUGGCUGACUGUCUUAAGAGGAUGCAUUUAUUUCUAUUCUCUUUGAAAAAGCUUUGUUGAGUCCUACUGUGGUGAUUGGUUUGGUAUUAAAAAAGAAAUAUCUCAGGCCUGUCUUUCUAGCAGGAAUCUUUAUGACAUGACAUCUCAUAUCAUGUUUUGUCUCAUUGGGUAUAUGUAUUGAGCAAUUGAUUAUUCAUUGAAUUCUGCAGCCAGCUUGCAAUAGACAACAUCUGCUUUAUUUGGCUUUAUGCUGUGCUGGCUGAAUUUUGUUUUUAAAACAACAACAACAAAACUUUGUUUGCACACCCAAUUGAAUGGGUGCACCUCAGAAUUUAAAUGUGGAUUUGUUUUGGAAAGUACAUUUUCAGCAAUGAAGACAUAUCCUUUGUCAAAAUAAAAGGCAACUGGACAAAAGAAAUAAUUCUGCAUGAAUCUUUGGAGCAUUGCUUGUAUUUUAUAUCUAUAUUCUUUCUUCUGUCUCAUGCCCUUGAACAGAUCUUUUAUUAUUAUGGCAUUAUACUUUGGGGCAGUUUCUUUGGUAGGGGGAUAUUGAGCUCUGAAUUUCAUUUAACUACUUUGUGGUCUCAAAUAUCACAGUUAUUGAGACCUUGGCUUUAAUCAUCUGUGUGCAUGAAUAAGGGUUUGAUCAUUCUUCAUUGAUUUUUUUUUUUAAAAAAACCAUAGAUUUUAAAAUGAAUUUUAAUUUUUAAGUUCUAAAAUAAAUUUCAGUCAGUCAGUUCAUCUUUAGUAUAAAGGCUGAAUCAGCAGGGAGGAUGACAUGAAAAAGUUACUUCUUGCUUACUUUUAUCUAACUUUAUGCCACAGCCAUCACUGUCAAGCGGCCUCUGGAAGGUUGCCCAUGCAGGAGUGUGGCCCUCAGGUUAAAUGUCUAACACCAACCUACAUGGUACCAGGUGGCUGUGGAGUUGAUUGCUGCACCAUGUGCAUAUUCUGUCUCCUGUGAGAGGCAGACUGCAUGUACACUAGGGCUUCUGGCACUACCUUUCUAAGUACAGUGGUACCUUGAGUUAAGAACUUAAUUCGUUCUGGAGGUCCAUUCUUAACCUGAAACUGUUCUUAACCUGAAGCACCACUUUAGCUAAUGGGGCCUUCCACCGCCACUGUGCGAUUUCUGUUCUCAUCCUGAAGCAAAGUUCUUAACCCGAGGUAAUUUUUCUGGGUUAGCAGAGUCUGUAACCUGAAAUGUCUGUAACCUGAAGCAUCUGUAACCCGAGGUACCACUGUAAAGAAUUGUGUAGUUUAUAUAAAAUACUCAAUAUUAAAUAGCAAUUUAUGUUACUUCCAGUGCUGCUGGAACAUCUUUUUGCAAGGUACUGGUAAAUUCAUAGUAUUAAAACGAGAAAUCAAUAGCAAUGUGUGUACUAUAAGAAAAAACUUUGCAAGCAAACGAAAUGGGCUAAGAACAUACUUUUAGCAGAGCUUCACUCAAAGUAAUAAGUAUGGAAUGUACAGCUGAAAUUAAUAUUGAGGAGUGCAAAUUAAAAAAUAAUUCUGCUUUCACACAAUUGCAAAUUCAGUAGUGGUGUUCAUUAAAGUAAGCAAAUGUUUGAGUAUUUGCGUUGAGAGUCAUUACUUUGUGUUAGCUCUGUUGUAGCUCUAUUUGAGAUAAAGGAGCUUAGGGAAUUUCUAAGCAAGCAGUUCAUACUGCAAACAAGAUACGCUGUUGUUACUCCCUUGUAGCAAGCAUCAGUAUGCUACCUUCCCUUAUAGCAGUGUUUCCCUUUCAAUAACACAUUUUAUCACCGAGAGCGUGACACUAUCCCCAGUUUAUGAACUUGCUGUGAUUUGGAGUGAGAUGCAGAAUGCAGCUGACAAAGUGACAUGGUCCCUGUGGCAUUACAUCUACAAAAUUCCUUAAUGCCCCAGCACUCAGUUGUAUGUGUGUUUAUACAGCCACUAAAAGUUGUAAAUUCCACACUUUCCACUCCCCCUUCAUUUCAACCAACAGCUAUUUCAUUGACCUUUCUUUUUCUUUUAACACAGCACUGGUAAAAAGAAGAAAAAGCUGUAUCUAAAAUUUAUAAGCUUUUGACGAAUGAAACCUGGCAAGAGCUAAAUUUAUACAAAACAUUGGGAAGCAGUUGGGUAGAUCGGUAACUGGAAAGACCUUCAUUUGGAUUACAGGCAUUUUUGGACGGUGUGUGAAAAUGUGUGCUGGGAACCACCGGCCAGUAAACUCCAUCCAAAGGCAACCAUUAUGACUUUGCUAUGAACUUUGCUAAAUCAGAAAUUCUUAGGGAAAACAUCUGUCCUUUAAACGCUUUAAGCUAAUCACAAUUAUGGUACCGAUUCUAUAAUUUUGCUGGCUUUAUGCACACAGGACAUCUAGCCCCCGAGAGCUGUAGUUGCAUUUAGUUCUAUCAUCUGCAGAGCAGUUAGUUAUGCUGCAGUGGCUUCAUUCUUCAGAUACAUCUGUGCAGACCUGAACAUUGGCAGCAGAAUUUUUCCUGGGGCUGUCAUGUAAAGGCGGUUAGAUUGCAAGAGGUAAGGAGAACUUGGCUGGACAGGAGAUGAGCACGCACGGAUGUACGUAGCAGCUUGCCCUAGUUAACUCUCGGAUUCGUUGGUGAAGCUAAGGAACCAGCAGAUCGAAAUGGAAAUUAUUUGACAUGGAAGGAGGGACUCAAAGGCAUUCUGGCAAAUAUAACAUCAUUUACUAUACAACAUCAUCAUCAUAAUGCAGCUCUCCCCAGCUCACCAUGGAAAUGUGUGAAGUUGGAGCUAUUACCAAACAGCCAACAACUACAGUCAUACCUUGGUUCUUGAAUGCCUUGGUACUCGUAUGUUUUGGCUCCUGAACGCCGAAAACCCAGAAGUGUUCCGGUUUUUGGAUGCCAAACAUCCGACACAGCUUCCGCCUGAGUGCAGGAAGCUCCUGUAACCAAUUGGAAGCUGUGCCUUGGUUUUCGAAUGGUUCCAGGAGCCGAAUGGACUAAGCUCGAGAACCAAGGUUCCACUGUAAUUGCAAGGUAGGUAAGUGAUCUUACCCUAUGUAGUGGUGUGAUUAGAGUACCAGACCAAGCGUAAGGUGAUCUUGGUUCAAUGCUCUACUCAACCAUGAACCUUACUGGAAGGCUGGCUGCAAGCUGCACUCUCUCAGUAUAACCUAAGAGGACUAUGAUGGAGAUAAAUGGAGCAGGGUGUGUGUGAACCAGAUAUGCUCACUGAUGUCCUUGGAGAAAGGGCAGGAUAAAAUAUAAAUAAAUGCUUCCUUUGCAGCUAUUUUACAAUAUGAAUUUUGGGAAGAUGCCAGAAGAAAUAGUAGUGCAAUAAUAUAGCAGUUUUAUAUCUUCUAGAAUGUGAGUCUCUUUCAAGGAAGUUGUGACAUUUGAGACUACAAAGCAGUCAAAACAAAUUCAGAGUUUUUAAAAAUAUAGGCAUAGGCAUAGACCCGAGUGUGUUGAUAGGUUGGUUCAGUUAAUGCACUAAUUUAUUUUCCUUUGUAAAUAUUGACAAAGGUAAAGCAGAGUCAAUAAUUAUGUCUCUGAUUAAUGAAUUGUGAUACUUCCAACAUUAUCAAUAUAAUUUGCUUCUAAUUAGCUGUUACAAAUAUUUGUCCUUGAGUAAACAAAGCAUAACCUCUGAAAAGAAAUGUAAAGGGAUGAUGUACCAGCUCCAUUGCCAUUUGCCAUCAUUAGGUGCUUUGUUGUUUAGCAUAUAUAUGACCUGUAGCCUGAUGGCCAGUGUAAUUCUUUGUAACUUUGACUAGGUUGAAGCAUUCAAGGUGAGAUAAAACUGGAAUGUGUCAGGUAUACUAUACACAUGAUUUAAAGAAUUACAUUACAGGGUGUAUGGGGUAUUAGGGCAGGGGGGUAGUACCUCUGGUGGGGGGACAUGUUGUGCUCCUUCUGGGAUAGUUUGUCCAGCUUUGGCCCCUACCCUGUACUCAGCUCUCACUGGUGGCUCCUAGAAGCUGUCAGCCUGAAACAGCAGCCCCACCCCGGGAAACUUCUUUGACUGGCCAGCUAAACCAAGUGCGGGUAGCUGAUGAGUAUCAAGCCUUUGGUGAGUUAGGUACUUCCAUUGCAUGUGAAGACAGGCUCCAGUGGAUUAAGAAGACAAGACCAAUAGUGGGUCCAAUUGUCAAUGAAGUUUUAAGAGGAAUAAGUGAAAAUUAGCUCCUUCUGUUUAACUGACCAAAUAGUUCAUACAGAGUCUGUAGGGGUUCCCUCAGGGGCAGCCAAGAGGUGCCCUCCAGAUAUUAGACUACAGCACCCAUUAUUCUUGACCAUUGGCCAUGCUGGUGGGGGCUGAUGGCAGCUGUAGCUCAGCAAAAGUUGCGGUGCCACAGGUUAGCCACCUUUGUUAUCAAUGGUUCACCUCUAUGGUGACAUACUUCUUGCGUAUAUGAUAAAACGUAUGUGAACCUAUGAAUCUACAGGUCUGUGUUGUACUGUUCACCUUGCCCAGUGGCACUGUUCACUGGCAGCAGCUCUCCAAGGAUCUUAUGCAGAAAUAUUUCCCAGGGCAAUAUUGGAACUUGUAUAUGCAUAGAACAUGCUUUACCAUUGUAAAGGUAAAGGGACCCCUGACCAUUAGGUCCAGUCGUGGCCGACUCUGGGGUUGUGGCGCUCAUCUCGCUUUAUUGGCUGAGGGAGCUGGCGUACAGCUUCUGGGUCAUGUGGCCAGCAUGACUAAGCCGCUUCUGGUGAACCAGAGCAGCGCACAGAAACGCCGUUUACCUUCCCACCAGAGCGGUACCUAUUUAUCUACUUGCACUUUGACAUGCUUUCAAACUGCUAGGUUGGCAGGAGCAGGGACCGAGCAACGGGAGCUCACUCCGUCACGAGGAUUCGAACCACCGACCUUCUGAUCGGCAAGUUCUAGGCUCUGUGGUUUAACCCACAGUGCCACCCGCGUCCCCCACCCCUAUAUUGGAAUAUAGGAUUAUUGGGACAUAGGCUGUGUGCAUUUCUGUAUUGGAAGUAGGCUAAAGCUCCUCAGUACCGCAACAGGGCGCAAAUUUUGAUUCAACCAUAAAUUGAGCCCAUGUAAUUCUUUAUUCAGAUUCUUUAAUUCAGAUUCCUCCCUUUUCUUAAACAGUAAUCCAAUAUCCCUAGAUCUUUGUUUCUGCCCUUUUCUCCUGAUUUCUUUUCAAAGUUUUUUCUCCCACCACACUGCCUUGUCUCUUUGCUGAAGAACAUUCAGUAGCCGCAAAUGAAAAGUGGCCACAUGGUACAGAACUGUAUAACAUUUUAAAAAUAAACUCCCCACUGGGGGAUUUUAUGACGCCGGUUUUAUAAAUAUAAAUAAUGCAGAAAGGUGAUAGGAGACUAAUGACGCAACUUAUACCUAACUAUGGUAUAUAAAGCCAGGUCAGGUAAAUGAAAAGCUAAAAUUUUAAAACUUAGUCAUGUACGUUUUUGUCCACUCGGAACGCAACUAGCCAUAUGCUUAUGUUCCACUGACAAUUACCAUUUAAAUGUCAGUGUACAAACAGAUGCUGGGAAUCCUCUUUUGUGCCAUUAAUUUAAUGACAAAAAAAAUCCUUUUGGUAAUUAACCUUGUUCAUGCCAGUGCUGUUUUUGUAAAUGAGUUGGUCUUGGUCCCAAUGACUCACCUAUAUCCUGUGACUCAUACAAGUAAUUGGGGUACCCGGAAUGGAGUCUUGAAAUAUAAGUGACUAUGGAAAUGGUCAACAGGGGUCAGCAAUUAGAUACAGGUAUAAAUAUUUGAGCACUCCUCACAACAGCAGCAGUCUUUAACUCAUCAGAUGACUCAGGUUCUAUGGGUUAAUUGGUCUCUCUGGAGAGGCUGCUGUGAGACAAGGUUUGCUUAGACCUUAAAACUUAACAUUUAAAAGAACCCAACACUUAACAUUUUAAAAGCAUCAUAAGAUGAAUGCAUAUUAAUCUUGGAGUGAGUAAAUGAUCCGGUGUUCUCCGCUGUACUUUGAAUGCUGCUCUCUAGAAUGUAUUUUAAAAUCCUCAAUAAAGAUGCAGAUAGUAAUGAGCUGAGUUUGGAAUCCUGUUGCCUGAGGGAGUGUUGUUGAGUCAUAAAAAGGAAGAAUUGUUAAGGGGAAAGUGACUGCCAAGUUUCUUCUGUUCUGUGCCAGUGAGGCAGAGUUAUGCUGUUGGCACUUAAUGCGCUACGUUUACUUUGCUGCGACUGUUUUGCUGGUGUGAAUGCUAUUUAAUAAAUUGUGAUAAUUGUUUUUAUUUUAACAUGAGCACCGCCAUGGGUUUUUGUAAUAAGCCGGCUUGGGUGUAGGAUUAUCUGCUUAUAUGAUGUCUUAAAUGCUGCGUGGGGCAACAAGGCAUUAGGAUAAUCGACAUUUUGGAUACAUGUGUUUUACGCUGCAUUACAUCAAUAUGCAAUAUUUUUAUUUGCAACCAUGAUUUUUUAAUAAUGUAGUUUCUGCUGCAGCCUUAGGAAAAAUGACUUCUACUCUGGUUUUGUGCUUCUGUAGAGAGUCUAAAAACUCAAAUCCUUUGGGACUGUGUAGAACAAAAUCCAACCUAAUCAUGCACUUUUAAGGCUGCAGUUUUAGACCGACUUACCUGGGAAUAAACCCCAUUGAACUCAGUGGGGCUUGCCAUCUGAGUAGACAUGUGUAGCCAUGCACUGAAAGUCUUACUAAUGUGCAUGGAAAGAUUCAGUGGUGACCUUAACUCUUUCUUGUAAAUUACUGGGACUUACUGAUUGUGGAUCUUUAUUACUCAGAGCCAUAGGCAACCACAAUUCAAUAUAUAUACAGUACAGAUAGAGAUACAAAUCAACUUAGCAUAUUUUAUAACUUAAAAGUGUUUUAAAAGUGUUUAUGUUUGGCUGGACCAUGCCACCUUUUGCAGACAGGAGGAGGGAGGGGGAAAGUGUAGAAAUAUAAGUGAAAGACUGUUCGUUUUUUACUAUGUUAAAAGCUGAAGCUAUAGAUGGACACUUUGUUCCUGCAAAUGCUUCUCUUAAAAGUAUGUGCCAUCUAAUGGCUGUUGUGGUUUGGGUACAGUAAUUGGAUGGGGGCGGGGGAAUGAAACUACCGCUCUCCUUACCUUCUGAUUAGAUUUGCAGUAUUCUGAAAGCACACUAAGCCCCUGACCACUGAAUAGGUUCUAAGAUGGAGCAGCUGCUCAGUCUAAUAGAAAAUAUUGCUUCCUGUGUUAUAAGAGCAUUUGCUUUACUGGCCUACAUAAAAGUUCACACUGCAUUACUUAAGCCCACUCUGCCCAUUUAUAAAGCAGUAGUAGUUGCUAUGCAUAGCCUAUUCGGUCUCUCUCAGUUUGUCAUACUCAGGUUUGUAUUGGUUGUACCAGCACAUUAAACAGAGUGGAAGGAUUUUAUGCACUAUCGUAUUAUGGCUUGAAUGAGAAUAUAACAGUUUCCCUUGGAGGCUUGUGGUAAUUCCUAAGCAUCUGAGCCAAAACGUAAAGUAUUUUGGGUUGGGGUUUCCCUGCCUGCCUAACCGCUUGCCACCCCUUCCCCCCGCCAUGUUUAUUCACAUCUCUGCAAAAGCAAAGGAUGUGUUUUUUCCCCCUGAGGAAGAGAGAUGAGCAAUUACUUGUGCUUAUAAAAAUGACAAAGUUUACACACACAGCCUUCCUUCUGCCCCAUGAAAGACUAACCUCUACAGUAUCGUGCAAGGUUACUAACAACUCAUUUUUCACUUGCUGAAUGUACAACCAAGCAGUUUGGUGCCUUCUGAAGAAUCUAAGGAAGAACCUUGCAUGUGCAACAUUUCAUACUCUCAGUGAAGGUCAAAGCCAAGAAUAUAGAUAAGAACAAAAUCUGACUGUAAUGCGGUGUUUUUGUCUUGUUUUAUAGUCCCGGAUGCUAAUUUUGGCACACAGUAUUGUCCAAAUGGUGUGGGGGUUUUUUUGAAAUUGUAAUUUGUCCCUGUGAAUGUGUCAGUCUGUAAUACCUAAGAGACAGCCCGCUGGAAUUUUGUUCCAAAACAAUAUUUUUAUUUAAUUAAAUGUAUAACCCACACAACCCUGAAGACUCAAGGUAGAUUAACAGUAAAUUUGAGAGACUGUGUUUAAUUUAAAAGCCAAUAAAAUACCUUGUUGGUGCAGAAUAAAAAACUCAGAUUAACAGGCAUUAAAUAUCCCUGCCUUCUGUUGGCCUAAACCAAUUGCCGCAAGAUAGCUUGAAGUUAUGCUAUAGCUGUUAUAAUGCAUUGGAUACUGUGGAAAACUUGGAAGGGGCAGUGUUCUAGUAAGAAUAAGGCAGUGGUACUGAAAGCUCCUCUCUCUAUCUAAUUCAAAAUAGUAUAAAACUGGUAUUAUGAUGGGGCAUUCUAUAUCAUUUUAAAUAUAUGACAGAUAUGCGGAACCAACCCAUUACUAAUAAACUCAGCAAUAUCUAAAUCUAACUUGGUGCCAGAUCAGAUUUUGAGGGGCUGUCAGGAAAGAUGCCUUGAAUGAAUGAUCCCACAUGUUCCAAUGCUUUUGUCGCUAUAAAUUUGCUGGACUUGUCCUCGGGGCCCAAGUUUGCUGCUGUUUUCUUUGUUUAUGGCACUGCACAUCCUUAGAGUGAACAGCAGCAAACAGAAGUAACAGCAGGUUCCUUGAGUUAGCUGUGUGCCUGGCUUGUCCUGCUACUAGCCCUGAACUGACUGCAUACAAAAAAGAAAAAGGAAAAAAGGAAAUUGUAUAGUGACUUUCACAAUCCUGGUCCUGUUAGCUAGGGAUGAUGGGAGUUGUAGUCCGAAAACAUCUGGAGGGCUGAGUUUGUCUAUGCCUGGCCUAGUUUAUAGAUUAAAGCAUCGUUUCUUGGUUUGGAAGUCACAGGAAACUGUAGUGAAACAAAACUCUGGAACUCUUGCAUCACAGUAUAUGGGACAGCAAUCAUUCUCGGUUCCAUAAACCAUGGGAGCAAGAUUGUUAUGUCUGAACCAAAGCAUAGCUUCGUGUUAUGACAAAUGCCAUUUUUUAAAAAGGGUGAUCUGGGGGUGAUCCCGGAAAUUACAGGCCAGCUAGCUGGAAAAAAUGGUGGAAAGUAUUGUUAAAAUAACAAAGCAUAUAGAAGAACAAGCUUUGCUUAAACUAUGCCAGUGUGUCUUCUGCAAAGGCUAGUUCUGUCUCACAAACCUAAUAUUCUGCAAGAGUGUCCAAAAGAAGAUAGAGAUGGUCCAGUUUCCAUAGUGUACUAUGUGCUAUUUAGACAAGGUACUUCUCACCAAAGUCUCCUGAGUAAGCUUAGCAGUCAGGGGAAUAACAGGAGACGUCCAGGAAUUGUGGACCAGGGCAGCAGAGAGCAGGAAUAAAUAGACAGUUCUUCCGGUGGAGGGAUGUAGAAAGUGGGUGAGCAGUGAGGUAACCAACUUUGCUUAUGAUACUGAACUGUGCAGCGUUGUUUAAAUAGAUUGUGAAGAGCUCCCUUUCUUUUAGCAUUAGAAUUUGUGGACGUGCAAAGGAAGACCAGCACAGGCAAAGGAAAGUACUUCUUCUUCACACAGCACAUAGUUAAACUAUGUAACUAACUGCCACAUGAAGCACUGGUGGCCAGCAACUUGUCCAAGGUUGAUUGGACAACAUUAUGGCUAUGCUCCAUCUCCAUGAAUGGAGGCAGUAAUGUUUCUGCAUGCCACUUGCUGGAAACUGCAGGAGAACAUAGUUUGCUUGUGCUCAGGGCCUUCUUGUGGGUUGGCCAGAGUGAGAGCAGGAGCUGGAAUAGGUGUUAUUUCCUUUGUUUCCACUUUUCCUGCUUUUGCUUUUUUUCCUUUUUCUUCACAGCAGUGUGGCCUCCUCAUAAACAUCCUAGAUUAGGGCCCUAAUGUUCAGCUGUAAUCGAAAAAUAGAUAUGUAUAUCUGUAUCACUUCUACUUUAGGGGAAAGGCCUGCAUGGCUUUUUCUCAGGAAAAAAACGACCUUGCCUUCCAGUGUUUUGGUCAAUGAACACAGAGGCACUAGGAUAGCGCAAAUGCCCUAACUUCAUAAAGUUAUUUAAUUAGAUGAUGAUGAUGAUGAUGAUGAUGUAAUACAAUGAUUGCACAUCUUAGCACAAAAUUUCUGGCUACUGGCCUAAAUUGAAGGUAUUCUAAAGGUUCAAAAAUAAAUUCAUUGGCUCCAACUUUUUUUCUUAAAAACAAACAAACGGAGUACCUUUGUUAGAUUUACACGCCUUCAGUGACAUCUAUGCUGUGCCUCAUUGAUCUUUAGUUCUUGUUAAUGAUUAUGACAGCACAGAGAAACAAGAGUGAGGGCAUGACCUCAUUGUGCUUUUUACAAGAGGAAUGAUCAAAGAGCAAGUAGUGAUGAAAUGCCUGUUUUAAAAGCAGGUCUGUUGUAGUAUAAGGAAGGAAACAGACCUGAAGUGAAGCAAGUGCAAACCUACUACAAAAUAACUGCUACGGAGUGAGGCUUACUCCUAGGUUAGUGUGCAUAGGCUACAAUCCUAUACACAUUUACCAGGGAAUAAGUCCCAUUGAACUUCCUUCUGAGCAGACUUUUAUAGGAUUGCAUUGGAACAGGGAACACAUGCAAUCAGAACCAUCACCUGGUUCAGUUUUUGCAAUUUAAACGAAUAGGUAAAUUUCUAAAGAGCUAGGAAGCGCUUGUUUGAAUAGGUAAAUGUACACACGUACACUCACACACGUUUGCCUGCAUGUACAGAGACUUCCUGCAUGUUAAAAGCAAGGCCUAAUUUUGCAUGGUCAUGGGAACAUUCAAAAUGCAGUUCUUUACUUUGUGCUUCAAUUUAGACAUCAGAACAAGCCAUGAUUGUGCUAACAGCUCACACCAUCAUUUAUUUCCACCAUGGUUUAGAAUUCUUUAAUGCUUUUUCAGAAUCAAAUACAUUCCUAUCACUGGACAGCAAGCAGCCUUUUGAGGCAGAGCAAUUGCCAUAACUAUAUGGUUUUUGAAAUCAUAAGCAAAUCUCAGCAAACACACUGGUUUACAAAAAAGCUCAAAAAAAAUGGUUUUGCAGCCCUUUGCAAAUUAGUUUGUGAGUAGUGAUGGUAACAAGUACAAAACAAACCAUGGUUCAGUAGUGUGAUGUGUGAAUGUGUUUUGUAUGAAAUGGUACAUACAGUCUAGUAAAAGCAGUCUCCACAUGACUCUUCUGCUUGUCUGUUUGGGCUUCAAGAUUUGAAGUAAUUAAGCGACUUCUCACAAUCCCAUCUUCCAUGUGCUACUAGAAACACAAGGGCAUCACAUUCAUUGUUAGGACAUUCUGUGUGUGUGCCUUAUACCAUCUAUGCACUAAUUAGGAGCUGGCAAAGAAACAGUGCACCUACCUUGGGUCUGUUAUGGGCAGCUGUUGCCAUGAGGAUGAUUGAGGAUAAUAGGAAGAUGCAAAACAGGGAGUAUAAUAUCUACAAACUUAGUCAUGUGUUCUUAAGCACCAGUGAGGAAAAUGACAAAAUGACAUUUUCCUUCUGUUUAAGUCCUUUUAACCUUGCUCACCAGCAGGGGGGUAGCCCAGCUGUUAGGCAAACAGUUGCCAGGGGAGGGGAGGUGUGGAAAGAUAGACCUGUGCAUGCUAUAUGACCUGCUAUGCACUCUCUAAGCCAACCUGCUACCCUCAGGUGUGGUAGAGGAUGGUGCUAUCAUGCUACCAUGUCACCAGUAGUCAAGCAAGAUGCAACUACCAGUCCAGUUUGAUUUUGGUUAGGGAAUGCAAAAGGAUGCUGUUUGCUCUUUGCCUCUGGCAAUCUUGUUCACCAGCUGGUACUUUCCUGUCUGCGAAACCAAACGCACCAAGAUGUCUGCUGUUGCAAAACUGUCCCUUGGCAUUAAAACUGUACACAUUUGUGUGUUUAUCUACGGUGUAGUAAUGAGCACAGCAAAUAUAGAAAGGUUUUGAUUAACGGAAAAUUCUCAGUUACAAAAAUUAAUCUCUUUUAUUAACCAAAAGUAAACAUUCAAAACAAAAAGGUUCACAAAACUACUAUCACACAAAGGUUAUGUUCAAUCCUGGCUCUUCCAAGGCGCUGGCCAAAAUUUCCCGCUACUUCAAUAUACAUUCAUAUUUAUUGUUCUAUCGGCAUUGUCAAAUUCCUUUACAUUCCUCGAGACAACAAUAUUCCUUUUCCAUUUAGAAUCCUGGACAUCUCAAUUGUUCUAACCUUUUUUAUUUUAGUGUUCCCAUAUAAUAGUGAUUAGAUACGAGUCCAGAUUAAUUUUGGCAAGAGUAAAUAAGCAUAAUGCUUGUGCUCUUGCCAAAGAAGCAGGCUGAGUUGAGUAACUAGCCUUAGAGCAAAUAGGAGCUUGAGUAAACGGCAUGGUGCAAAAUGCACAAAUCAAUGAAAACAUUUGCAAUGGUUGGGGAACCUCUGUUAUGAAAGUGUUUUGUUUUACACAUAAGGCACAUUUACUGCAAAACAAGGAACACCAUUGCAGGGUAAAGAGGCUGAAAACUUUGGAAUUGCAUUAUAGAGGAGUUUAAUAAUUAAACAGAAUUUUUUAAACACUUUCCCCCAUACCACUGAGUGCAUCCUUGAAAAAAGAAAGAGGCUCCAAGUACAUUCAUUUUAAUACUAUCCAGUUUCUGGGUAGAGAUUCCUGUUAGAGAAACAUUAUCAAUCAAAAUUUAAAAGCACACAAUCCAGUGCAUUUUUACUUGGAAGUUGGUCCUACUGUGUUCAGUGCAACUUGGGCUGCAAUCCUUGCAUACUUAAACUAGAACUAAUAGACAUUGGCUGUUAUCCAGACCAUGCGUGUGUUCAUCAACUCCCAUUGUAGUCUACCAGCUAAAAGCACGAUCAAUGGGGCCUCCUUCUAAGUAAAUGGGGUUAGGAUUGCAGCCUAAGAGGCUGAACUACAAUCACGGUUCAAGACUCACCACCAUUAUGAGGUUCAAAGCAAGUCAUUUUCUGUUCAGUGGCAGCAAUAACAGCGACUUACCUCAUAGGUUCCAUUGUAUGCAAGAUAAUGAAUGGGAAGGACACUGAAUAUUUUAAAGCUCUAUCUAAAAGUGUUUUUGUCAGCUAUAGCAGAUAAAGCACUACAAGUACCUGGGAGUCUGUCCCCUGUUGCAACCAGCAAUUAGCUGUCGUUGUGUGGGCUGGUACUGGAUCAAGGACAAAUCUAACGUGUUGAAAAACAAAACAAAACUCCAGGGCCUAAUAAAGUGGAGAAAAUAUGUUUAUAGGUGACUACAAAAUGCAUGGGAUACCAAAGUUCUGAACAUACUUCAUAUUAACUGCAACUAUUUGCCAUUUCCAUUGUAUACUUGAGUGUUUUUUCCCUGUGCCAUAUUACUUUAUAUUUUAAUUCUACUGGAUUUUUUUUCCUGGAAAGCCCAUUAUAUGCUCCUUAUCAUAAAGAGCCAUUCACACAGUACGUAAAAAUAUCUUUUGUAAGAGAAAAGUUACCAAAAAUAAUGCCAAAUAUACAGUUGUAUGCAUAUUUGUAUUGGAAAAUAUAAACAGAAUCUGGUCAUCUUUUGGGUAUUGCCUGCUCUAAUAUGGCUGUAUUUUUUUUUAAUAAUUGAGGGGGGAUGAAGGAAAAGGGAAGGGAGCAGGAACGAGAAAAAUAUAUAUAAUUUUUUGAGGAAUGCACUAUCGCUGAAAGACAAUGUCUUUGAACGUAACCAAUGCCAAGGAGUAAAGAGAAAUGCUGUCUUAAAUAUUAUAUAAUACUUAUCGGAGCACAGACUGCAGUGACCUUGAAUCAGUGGCUUGCUUUUUCCCCUCACUCGGCUCCUUCUUUUCCCCUUCCUUGGAACAAAUUUUGCUACUGGCAGAAGAAGCUGUCAGGCAAAACACUGAAAAAUUGGUGUCAUUUCCUAGCCGGUAAGUGCAGAACUGAUACUAAAUAUUUUAUGAUUUGUUUUCACAUGCUUUCUCUUUUCUCUUUCUUUGCUUGCAGGAUUGAUUGUUGCCUCUCUGGCAAUAUGCUGGCUGCCAAAUCAAGUUCGAAGGAUCAUGGCUGCUGCUAGACCUAAGCAGGACUGGACAGUCCCCUACUUCAGAGCAUACAUCACCCUGCUCCCUAUAGCAGAUACGUUCUUCUACCUCAGCUCCGUCGUGAACCCGCUCCUGUACAAUAUCUCCUCCCAGCAGUUCCGGAAUGUGUUUGUUCAGGUCCUCCGUUGUCGCCUGACACUGGAACACGCCAACAAACAGAAGCUUUUAAGAGCCAAUUUGAAUUCUGCAGCCGAUAGCGGCCGCUCGCGGCGCCCAUUGAUCUUCACGUCAUCCGCCAUGCGCAAGUCUUCCACCAAGAGCGCUAACAAGGUUUUCUUAAGUACUUUUCAGAGCGAAACCAAGCCUGGCUGCAGUUUGCAGAAAUUGAGUCUUGAAUCACUGGAGCUGAAUGUGAAAACGAUGCCACUGGAGACUUCCACAGAGCCUUGCCCUGCUAACCAAAAUGGACUUUGUGAACACGAACUGUGAAUCCACAUUAAAAAAACCAGAGCCAGAUGAGACAGUAUGCUAAAAAUUGGAUUUUUUUUUGAAAUAAAUAAAAAGCACAACAAAGGUUUUUUUGCAGCCUAUGUGGUUGCACCCUUCAAGUUUAAGUGCUUUGUUUCAAUAGACUACGUUCCCAAUAACAUAAAUGAAUAUGGGUUCUACAUGGGUGACGGCUUUUUUUUGUUUUUUAAGUGCUUACCAGAAAGACAGGACAACUAGACCUAGUUGCUGAGGAUUUUUCAAAUCAAACUCUUCUUUUAGCAGUUGGAAGCAAACAGCAACAUUACAAUGGAAACCAGCUGUGUCUGGACAAAACGAUGCCAACAACAACAAAAAAUCUUCCAUUAGAGUUCAGCAGUGUACUGGUGUUAAAAAUGCCAAGCUAGAGAGCAGUAUGGUUGUUAAUACACCAGCCCUGGGCAUGGUGCCAGAGUUUCCUCUCUUCUUUGGCCUGGGCCCAUUGCAGAGUGGAGUAUUGCAGCAGCUUAUACAAACAGAGUUUAUCUUCCCUGGAGUACAGAAAGUCUGGUAUCCGGCAGAGGUCAUGAGGCAAGCUGCAGAGGAUGCGCAGGACUUGCGAUACAGGAUCCCUGUGACACAGAACAAAAGUUUAUUUAGCCUGAUAUGAACAAACAUGCUUUCUACUGUAUGUUAGCUCUUUUUUUUAUUUAAACAGACUGCCAAGUUUUCCGUAAUAGUGGUUCUGAUUCUCAGCGCGUUUCCAAAGGAUUUAGCCCACCAUCACCUGUUGUGUGUCUUAGCAGGAAAUGUAGGGCUUUAAAUAAAUGGCACUAUUCUUAAGUCCCCCCCCCCCUUCUGCUUUUGCUUUCCACAAAGCCUGGAAAAUGCAAAAUCAAUACAUUUGGGGCAUACAGCACUUAAAACUUUAAAAGUUGUACCUAUUUAAGAUUUGAGUACAUGUAAGUUUGAUCACAUUCCAAACAGCAUUAUGGGAGCUUAAGGAGACCCACGAUUGUUUUUAUGCUUCUGAUUUGCAACGUGCUAAAAGGAAGUUCUCCUUUUACACACUUUCUGCAGGGAGGAAAUGAGCCCCAAACAAAGAAAAAGCUCAUGGGAGAAUUUGGAGUCUACAGAGCAAUACUCACAAACACAAAAGUUAUAAAUAUUCUCUCUCUCCAUCCUUGUAACUAGGCUGCUGUAGGAAGUUGGAUAAACAGAAGUCAGAACGAAAUGACUUGCCUUGUAAGAAGCCCUCUAGAGACUGUUCUGCACCUUUUUUUAAUUGAAUGCGUG